UAUUUAUUGUGUGCACGUGUCAUUCAAGAAGUAUAAUUAUGGUCAACGGUGAUGAGGACUCGAUUUCAAGCAAUAAUCAUGACGAACUGGAUGUAAAUAUUGAACGACGAAAUGUUUCGAAAAAAAUCCUCAUCAAAGGUCGUAAAGUGAAACGGCUUACAAAAAAUUUCAAUGAAUUGGAUGAAAGUGAUGAAGAAUUUUUCAAUUCAUCUGAUGGAAAAAAGCCUAUCAUUUCAAAAUCACAUAAUCAAAGUGACAAUUCUUCGGAAAAAUCUGAUGAUAGUAAAACGUUUGGAUUGAAAUUCCAUAAUAAACUUUUGAAUACUGGCAAAAUUUUAUCACAUUGGAAUGAUAAUCCACAGAAAAUUAUUGUCGAUAUGAAACUGUUAGAAAGAACAAAUAAAAUAAUUCAAAAAAUUGCCACCGUUGGUCUGGAUAAUCCAUCAUCAUUAAACAAUGAUGGACAGAAUUUCGAAUCAAAACCUCUUGAACGUUGGUCUUCAAGUAUUGAAUCUGGACAUGAAACUGACAGUACAAGUAAAACAAAUCCUAUUGUUGAAGAAAAAUUAGCUCGAAUUCAACAAGUUGAAACUCAAAUUGCAAAAUCUGAACUUCCAAAAGUUGAGACAAUUUUUUAUGAUAAAGAAAAUUGUUCAAUACCGAAUGCUGAAAAAGAUAUGGAAAAAUCCAAAGAAAUUUUCGAUAAAACUUUAGCCACAAAUGACACGGCUCAAGCUUUGAUAAAUUUUUCCAACAUAACAAAUUCCUGGCUAUCUGGUUUAAGUUCGGCAACAAAAAUUGUUGGUGAAGCUACAAAAACUGCAGCAUCAACAACGAUGAAUCAUGCUGCCAAACAAUUGGUGAAUGCACAGAAUAUUAUAUUGACAAAUGCAGCUAGUUUACCGGUUGCAAAAAAUUUAACCAAUGUUGAUCGUUUGAUUUGACAAGAUAAUCAACCAACAUCUCAUACUUCUAGUAUCGAACCAGAUUCUACUAUAGCCGAUGAUUGGUCGAAUGAUUGGGAUGAUGAACCUAUUGUUUUGGCUAAAAAAAGCCAACCAUUGUCCAACGAAACGACUAUUCCAUUAUCCGAAACGAAAGAAAUUCCAGAAAUCGGUUCACUUUGCAAUAAUGAAAGCGUUCCUUUUCUAUGUAUUUGUCCACCGUAUAUUCCAAACUCAAAUGAUUCAUCUGUGAAAGAAGAACCAUUGGAUGGUUGGGAUGAUAAUUAUGACAUAGAACAAACAAAAAUACCUGAAUCAAAUGAAAAUGAAGAUGUAAAAUCUAUUAAUGAUGGCUGGGACCAUUGGGAAGAUGAUGAAACCAGCGAAAAUGUAGAGUCUUUCUCGAAAGAUUUAAAAUCUAAGACUAAUGAUCAUGAAACACAAUCUUCAUUAAUUAAAGAUGAUGUUGAUGAAAUCGGUGCAUUUACUGAAGACCAAUCACCAGCUGAAAUAAAAUUCUUCGAUCAAAUCUCUUGUCCUUCAGAAAUUCCGCCAUUUGAAUCAGCUGAUGAUCAAUGGGAAAACAAUGACUGUGAUAUUGAUUCUAGUGAUGAAAUUAUUUUAAAUUCGUUACCAUCCGCUGUUAAUAACCCAAUGCUGCAACAAAUCGGACAGGAUUUGGAAUUGAAAUCAGAUAAUCAAUUUAAAAUGAUAAUGUUCGAAGAUUCAAUUUUAACAGCAAAUAAAGCAAAUGAUUCAGAUAAUAUUGUUUCAUCUGAUUCAAGUACUGAUUGGGAAUAUCAGAAAAAUCCAAUUGAAGAUCGAAACGAAUCGUUCAUUGCUAAAGAACAAAAUGAAAUUGUAGAUGGAUGGGAUGAUUGGGAAGAUAAAGAAAUCGAAACACAAAUUACCGAUGAACAACCAAAUUCAUCUGAAAUCGGACAUCAUUGUCAAUCAAUUGAACAAAAAUCAAAUCCGAUUGAUUGGUCAAUCGAUUUAAAUUCAAAUGAUAUGCUGACCAAAGAAAGUGAAUUAAAUGUUCAAGAAAUCGUUACGAAUCACGAUAAAAAUCAAAUCGUUCAAAUUGAUGAAUCAAUAUCUGAUGAAAAGAUUUCAACCGAUUUUGAUUUACAAUUAGAAUCUGAAAAUCUUGAAUGCAACACUAUAUCGGCAGCAACAUUAUCAGAUUUAGAUGCCUUCAAAGAAAAAAUUACAACUGUGAUAGAUAAUAUUAGUGAACCUCGUGUCUUACCUUCAUCAACACCUUCAUUCGAUGAAAUGGCUGUUGAAACAACGGCCGAAAAAAUUCCAUUGGAUCAAAUAAAUGAUGAUGAAUUACAAAUCAAAAAUGAAGAAAAGAUUGAAAUAAAUCCCGAUGUUGGUUCGAUCUAUAAUGAAGAUGAUCCUGAUAUAAAUAAUUCAAACAGCCGCCAAGAAGACGAUCAAGAAAAGAAUGAUUGGUGUGAAAAAAAUAUUGACAAUCAAAUUGAACUGGAAAUCAAUAAUGAUCAAGUAACUGAAACAAAUUUGAAAUUCAUACCUCUUGAUGAAAAGCAAUCUUUUUCGAGAGAAGAUUCUUCUUGUGUUGAACAAUCAAGCAUGAUUGAAAAAAAUGUUCAAAAUGAAAAUUCAAAAUCCAAUGAUUGGGAUGAUGAUGCAUGGAAUGAUAAUUGGAACGACAAUGAAACAAACAUUGUUACAAUUUCUCAACCAGAUCAAUUUGAAGAUUCGAUUACGGAAAAAUCCUCUACAGAACAAAUCGAUUCAGUCAAGACAUUUGCUGAAACACAAAAAAUUGAUUCAGUUGUAUUAAUUUUACCCAAAUCAAAUGAAUCCUCUUCGCAUAAAAUUGUUAAAAAAUCUGAUCCCAUAUUCGAUGAUAUGCAAUGUGGUUGGGAUGAUUGGGGCGAUGAAUCUCAAGUCGAUCAUGAUGUGCUUUUGAAAAUCGAAGAAAAAACAAAAACUUCUGAUGUAUUAGAAUGUGAAGCUGUUUCGAACGUUCAAAUGGAACAAGAUAAUCGAAAAGAUGUCGAAAAACCUAAAGUAGAAUCUAUUGUAAAGAAUGAAGAAUCUACCAUCAAAGCUGAAUCUGCUGUGUUGAUCUUACCCAAACCAAAAGAAAUUUCAUCAAAACAUCAUAAGGUUGUUAAAAAAUCUCAACCUAAAUUCGAAGAAGAUCAAGAUAAUGACUGGGAUGAUUGGACAAAAAAAGAUUCGGUUGUUGAAACAAAACCAUUGAAAACUCAUUCAAAGAUUGAUCGUUUAUUGGCAAAAAGCAAACCAAAAUUUAAUCUCGUUGAUCGUUUUGAUUCUGAUUCUAAGCAGCAAAACAAAUCGAAACCUAAAUUUGCCAAAAUCAAUGAUGAUGAUGAUGCAUGGGAUGAUGAUGAACAAGACUGGACAAAGCGAUCCAAUACCAAAAAAACAGUUGCAACAAAAUUUGAAAAUAAUAAAUCUUCACAGAAUUCAAUGGCAACAGCUAUUAUGGCACCGUCAUCGAUUUCAUCCAAACAAUAUCAUCAAUUACAUAAUCAAGUGCAAUCGAAUUCUUAUCAUUCAAAUUCUUCUCAACAACAACCAUCAUCCAGUGGUGAUUUCCGAUCGGCCAUAAAAACAGCCGCCGUGGCAACAGUGUCACAUGCCGUUAGAAAUUGGUCAUUCAAUCCUGUUUCCAUAUUUGAUUCUGUGGUGGAUAAUCUAAGUAAUGUUGUGGGCGUACCAUCGGCUGAAGAAAUGGCCACCAUGAUGAGAAAACAAAACCAACAGCCUAAAAAUGGCUAAACUACUAUCUCUUUUUAUUUAUUCAUUUAUUCUGUUUCCGUCCUGUU